AAAGCAUCUCAAUUAAUUUGUUUCUCUAAAAUAUCUACAUUUUUUAUCAUUGGAGAAAUUGCUGUGACCUUGGAAACCACCAGCAGUUCUCAAGUUACUGCAGGCCAAAGACCCUGUCCACAAUCAGCCCAAGUUGACUCAGCACCCCCCCAGGUACCUCCAAGAAGCCUAAUGGAGCAAGGGUUACUCGAUAGUAUCCCUGGGCCUCAGCAAAUCCUGAGGACCAUAACGGGCUCUCUAGGCCUCUCGUCUAUUUCCAAUCCUGAAUUGAGCCCACCAGCUCAUACAUAUCAGCAAUGCCCUCGGGCAGAGCUUAGCUGCAAGACCAGCUAUCAUGGCCAGGAUACAUGCUGUUUUAACUAUCCAGGAGGUCAAAUGCUCCAAACACAGUUCUGGGAUGCUGAUCCAGCGAUUGGACCGGAGGAUUCCUGGACUAUUCAUGGACUCUGGCCAGAUCACUGUAAUGGAGGCUUUGAUCAGUUCUGUGAUUCAACUAGAAAAUACAGUAAUAUCUCUCUGAUUCUGGUUGACGCCGGUCGAAGAGACCUCUUGGAUGAGAUGACCAUGUACUGGAAGGAUUGGAAAGGCGAUGACGCGCACCUUUGGGAACACGAAUGGAACAAGCACGGUACCUGCGUCAGCACGCUCGAGACCCAUUGCUACUCCGACUACUUUCCACAAGAGGAAGUUGUUGACUACUUCGACAAAGCAGUCGAGCUGUUCCGUGGCUUGCCUACUUACAAAACAUUAGCCAAUGCAGGCAUUGUACCCUCGCACACCGAGACAUACACCCGUAGUGAGAUCGAAGAUACCCUAUCUAAGGAGCACGGGGCUACCGUCACAAUUCGAUGCCGAUCCCACCAUCUAAACGAAGUAUGGUACUACUACAAUGUUCAAGGACCCCUGCAAACUGGGAAAUUCGUGGCAUCUGAACCAGACGGCCAAACAUCCAACUGCCCCAGCACAGGCAUCAUCUAUCAACCAAAGACCCCCCGCAAGAGGCCCGGCCACGAACCCACUACAACCCGACACCCUUCCGAACCAACAAACCCCCCCGGGAUUCCUUUUCUUGGAAGAGGAAAUCUCAUGGUUUCAGCGAUGGGCACUCAACGAGGCUGUAUAAUCAGCCGCGGAACAUGGUACACAUCCGGCACAUGCGCAACCUUCCGAGGGAAGAAAGUAACUGACGAUACAUUCACGCUCGAAUCGCGCCGAGGAAUCUGCGCAAUCGAAGAGGAUAUGUUCACCUGCGGUCCCCAUAUCUCAUCUCCAAUGGAGUUCAGUCUCGAGGACGGCAAACUCUCUUACCGCGGAAACACGAGUUUCUUCGCCGACAAAGCACCAAAGGGCACAGUGCAGAGCGAUAUCUUCGCUUCCGAGGACAACCACCCCAUUGAGUUGGCAAUUACUUGGAGAGGGGGUCAUUGAGAUUAGUAUCUCAAUGUAUUCAUCCUCUAAUUCGCAUUGGUUUCUUGCUUUCUGUUUUUUUU